AUGUCGACAGUGCGGGCUUCCCGGGGGCUCUUCGAGCGCGCACUGCUGGCGCUGCCCGUCGGCGAGAACGCGCGCGUCUUUCUGGGCGUCUGCACGGUCGUCGGAGUCGCCGGCGCGUUCACGGCAUCGAAGCGUGGGGUGGGGUACGACUCGAUGGCUGACAAACGCGCCGCGGAGGAGAAGGUGAAGAAGGAGGGGAGCUAGUGCACGACAACCAGUGGAGAUGUGCUGUGGAGCUGCGCUUGCCCGUUUGUGCGCGAUCACGCGGGCCGGAGCAUUGCGUGGGGGUGGCUACAAUGAGAGCUUGAUGUACGUGUCGGCAGGCCCGGGUGGAGGGCAUGCUUUCUGAUGUGUGAUUUCACAACACGAUAACAUUGUUAUGUGUACUUCCCGCAUCCGGUGUAUGUCAUGCAUCUCCCAUCAUCUCGAUGUAUUUGUUACACACGCGCGGGACGCGCGAGCAGC